UCCGGUCCGCCGCUGCCUCCGUGUGGACUGUUUCCGCUCGUUAAACCGGCAGCAGCGGCGUCUUCUCUCCUCAUCCCGGUGUUUCCAGUCGGUACCGACAUGUUGCAGCUCGACCUGCUGCGGCUGUUUGUCGACCAGCAGCUCGCCGCCGUCACCGACGACAUUUUCCGCCGUUUCGCCAAAACGAUCGCCGAAUAUGAAAGCGAAGUUUUCCGGUUAAAACAAGAGUCCGACCGACAGCGGAGGCUGCUGCAGGCUGCAGGACUACCGGGUCACGGACCGGAGGACGGACCGGGCCACGGACCGGAGGACGGACCGGAGGACGGACCGGGUCACGGACCGGCAGGUGUUUUUCAGGUUUUCUCAACAGAUGAACAGCAGGUGAGGGGGCGGGGCCUACAUUUGCAUCUUAACCAGGAAGAGGGCGGAGCUUUAGGACCAGAGGAGACCUUUACGAAGUCCAUACAGAGUCAUGAAUGGCUGAGGGAGAGUCCUUCGUCCAAUCGGAUCCUGUCCUGCAGGGAGGAGGCGGGGCCUGAACCUACUGUCUACAAGAAGGAAAUGGAUGAGGGUCACAUGAUGCUGGAGGCUGCAGUCAGAGCAGAGAUUAGCUCCCAGCAGGAAGGUGUUCUGCAGGUUUUAACCACAGAAGAAGAACAGGGGGGGGGGCAGAGCGUCAGGCUGCACGUCAAAGAGGAGGAGGAGGAGACUGACACCAAGUUCACGCAGAGUCCUGAUUGGCUGAUGAAGAGCGAUCAUGUUCUGUUCCACAGAGGGGAGGACCUUCUCGCCGCCCCCCCAGACAGCCAUCUGAUAAGACCUAAACCUGGAGAGACCAGCGAACCUGCAGACCACAGCAGGGACUCCGUUGUCCAAUCAGAGUCAUCUACUGAAGACAGUGACGACACUCAGUCUGAUCCAGGUCUGCAGAGGACUCAGGGGACUGGGACUCGCCCUCCUGCAGACCAGAAUCUGCUGGUCUGCGGCAGCUGUGGCCGGGAAUUCAGCUCAAAGCGAACUCUGAGGAAACACAUCAGACAAAACAUGUCUCAGGACCAGGACCAGAUGUCCUGCAGCCUCCGCAGACCGAGGGCCCCCUUCCAGAAUCCUGCCAAGUCCUUCAGCUGCAGAGUCUGCGGGAGUUCCUUCUACACGCAGGGGAUUUUGGUCCGGCACGCCGAGAUCCACUGCAAGGAGCCCGACAGCCGGUGCGGGGCCUGCGGGGACCAACUGGAGUCUACCGAGGCCCUGAGAGUCCACCUGCGGUCCCACAGAGAGCUGGGUAGCACCUGCGAUGUGUGUGGGAAGAAGAGCAGCUCCAUCAAGAGGAUGGAGAUCCACAAACGGGUCCACACCGGAGAGAAACCGUACCGAUGCAGGUUCUGUAGUCGAGACUUCAGCAGGAAGGAGAGUCUGGAGAGACACAUGAAGGUCCACACCGGGGACAGGCCGCACUGCUGUGGACUCUGCAGGAAGACCUUCACCAGGAGGGAGUAUCUGGUCCACCACCUGAAGACCGGCCACACAGAGAGACCAGGUCCACCUGCAGGGGCCGAGCCGUUCAACGUGGCACUCUGAAAGCCGUCAGAACAGAAAAUAAGACAGCUCGAAAGACUUUCAAGAGCUUCAGGAUCUAAACGUUUCACCGAACGCCACGAAGCUUCUGUGAAGAUUAAAAGGAAAAUGUAAGACUUUUAUAAAUGAAAACCCUUAAUGGAGUUUGGUGUCUGCCGGUUUCUCUUCAGAUCUCAGCAGCUCGUUCACCAAGUCACUGAGUCGAUCAACAGAAAAUGAACGAACAGUUUUGAUGAUCGUUUCCUGUGUGUCUGCUGCGGCCCCUCAGGGAACACGUCCCUCAGGUAGUUUGGAUCUUCAGUAAGUCGUAUCCCUGAAUUGUGCUGAGAGAUGGAAGUGAAGUCACCUGACUGGACAGGAAACUCACCUGGAUCAGUUUUUCUUGUGUUUGUCUGAGUGCCUAACAUUUCUCUGAGCCGAUCAGCAUCAUAUUAUCAGUACAUCAUCCGAACGACGGGAUUUUGGUUUUACUUUUAUUAAAAUUCUUUUAAUUUACCUCAGUG